AUGAGGUUCACACCACCAAAUCUGGAGAAGGUCUCCUUCAAAGUAAACAAUAGAUCACCUGCAAAAACGAUUGGGUUGGCUCUUGACAGGUGUGGGGUGGGGAGUAUUGGAUACCAAGCAAGCACUUCUGAAGAUCCAUUCUUAACUUCUUCAAUAUAUUUCGAGAUCAACCGUUUUGAUGUUGAUGCAACAAAUAUACUCUAUUCAGGGGAUGCCAUGCCUUCUGUUGGAACCAUAGAGUUUAACAAAGUCAACUACUUAACUCGUGUGGGUCAAGCCAUAUACGCAGAUACAAUCCCAAUAUGGGACAAAAAGUCCGGUAAAGUUUCCGAUUUCACCACUCACUUCACCUUCAUCAUCGACACACAAUCUCAAUCCACCUAUGGCCAUGGCCUCACUUUCUUUCUAGCCCCAGUUGGCUUCCAAAUCCCACCCAACUCAGCUGGUGGCUUUUUAGGUCUAUUCAACACAACUUACACAGAUUCAUCCAGAAACCAAAUGAUUGUCAUCGAGUUUGAUUCAUUCGUGAAUUCAGAAUGGGAUCCUCCAUAUGAACAUGUGGGUAUCAAUAAGAACUCGAUUUAUUCCGCUAAUUACACUUCUUGGAAUGCUAGUUUACACAGUGGAGACCCUGCGGAUGUUUGGGUUUCUUACAAUGCUGCCACUCAGAUUCUAAACCUGUCAUGGAGCUAUGGGGCUGGAAAUGAUUCUACAGAGAAUACCAGUCUUUCAUAUCAAGUUGACCUCCGAGAAGUUCUUCCUGAGUGGGUAACAGUUGGAUUUUCGGCUGCCACUGGUGCCAAUGUGGAGAGACAUAUCCUUCAAUACUGGGAGUUCAAUUCAAGCUUGAAUAUUGUAAAGAAGAGUAAAGAUAGUUCAAUGGAAAGAAAACUAGCAGUGGGAUUAAUAGUCCCUCUUGGUGUUCUAGUUUUAGGAGGCAUAGUUGCAUUUGGUGUAUUUUUUAGGAGAAAAAGAAAACCUAAACAGAAAUCAUCGGAAACAGUCAUCAUGACAUCGAUGAACGAGGAUUUGGAAAGAGGAGCAGGACCAAAAAGAUUUUCUUAUGAGGAUCUUGUUUCAGCUACCAACAAUUUCUCCGGUGACCGGAAGUUAGGUGAGGGAGGAUUCGGGUGUGUCUACAAGGGCUACUUAGCUCGCGAAGGCAUGGCGGUUGCCGUCAAGAAAAUUUCACAGGGUUCUAAACAGGGGAAGAAAGAGUAUAUAACCGAAGUAAAGAUUAUUAGCAGCUUGAGGCAUCGAAACCUGGUGCAACUCAUCGGUUGGUGUCAUGAUCAAACUCAAUUCUUGCUGGUGUACGAGUUUAUGCCAAAUGGCAGCCUUGAUUCCCACCUUUUUGGCAAAAAGAGCUGUCUCGAGUGGGGUUUGAGGUACAAGAUCGUUACUGGUUUAGCUUCUGCGUUGCUUUAUCUCCAUGAAGAAUGGGAACAAUGCGUGGUUCACCGAGAUAUCAAAACAAGCAACAUCAUGCUUGAUUCGGGAUUCAACGUGAAGCUCGGAGACUUUGGAUUGGCUCGACUCAUGGACCAUGAAUUGGGUCCACAGACAACUGGGUUAGCCGGAACUUUGGGGUACUUGGCUCCUGAGUAUGUAACGACAGGGAAGGCCAGCAAAGAGUCGGAUGUUUACAGCUUCGGGGUGGUAGCAUUAGAGAUUGCUUGUGGGAGAAAGGCGAUGGAUAGUGUUGACCCAAAUUCUGAUCUAGGGUUAGUGCAGUGGGUUUGGGACUUGCUAGAAAAAGGGGAGCUGCUUUCAGGGGUGGACCAGAAGCUGAACAAGGAAUUCGAUGGGAAACAAGUGGAGCGUUUGAUGACGGUGGGGUUAUGGUGCGCUCACCCGGACCGGAGUCUGAGACCGUCAAUCCGGCAAGCGAUUCAGGUGCUUAAGUUCGAGGGUGCGGCCCCAAAUCUUCCAAAGAAGAUGCCGGUGGCCAUGUACUACGCAGCACCAGAUGGGCGUGAGCUCAGUUCUGGUUCUGGAGGUGCUUCGUUGACUUACACUAGCAUUGAUCUCGUGCGUUGA